GGGGCCGGCGGGCGUCCCUCAGUCCCCCCACAGGCCGCACGGAGGUGCGAAGCGCAGCAGGAGCAUGAAGGUGGGCUGGCCAGGUGAGAGCCGCUGGCAGCUGGGCCCGGCUGUGGAAGAGAGCCUGGUUCUGGGAGUUCCUGCGGUCGGCGGCCUUCCCGACGUGCUGCCGGAGGGGACCCUGCUCGACAUGGUGCUGAGGAGGGUGCACCGGCCCCGCAGCUGCUCCUACCAGCUGCUGCUGCAGCACCCGCGGCCCAGCCGCAUCCAGGGACUGCGAUGGACGCCGCUCACCAACGGUGAGGAGUCCCUGGAUUUCAGCGAGAGCCUCGAGCAGGCCUCCGCGGAGCGGGUGCUCAGGGCUGGGAGGCACCUGCACCGACACCUCCUGGCCGCCUGUCCGACCCUCAUCCGCGAUCGAAAGCACCACCUCAGGCUCCAUCGGCAGUGCUGCUCUGGACGGGAGCUGGUGGACGGGAUCUUGGCCCUGGGGCUUGGGGUCCAUUCCCGCAGCCAGGCAGUGGGCAUCUGCCAGGUGCUGCUGGAUGAAGGUGCCCUCUGCCAUGUGAGACACGACUGGACCUUCCAGGACCGAGAUGCCCAGUUCUAUCGGUUCUUGGGGCCGGAGCCUGAGCCUGCGGGAACCCAUGAGCUAGAGGAGGAGUUGGUCGAGGCAAUGGCCCUGCUGUCCCAGCGGGGACCAGACGCCCUGCUCACUGUGGCCCUGCGAAAGCCCCCGGGGCAGCGCCUGGAUGAGGAGCUGGACCUCAUCUUCGAGGAGCUGCUGCACAUCAAGGCUGUGGCCCACCUGUCCAACUCAGUGAAGCGGGAGUUAGCAGCUGUGCUGCUCUUCGAAUCCCACAGCAAGGCGGGGACUGUGUUGUUCAGCCAGGGCGACAAGGGCACCUCGUGGUACAUUAUCUGGAAGGGAUCUGUCAACGUGGUGACCCACGGCAAGGGGCUGGUGACCACGCUGCACGAGGGAGAUGACUUUGGACAGCUGGCCCUGGUGAACGACGCACCCCGGGCGGCCACCAUCAUUCUGCGGGAAGAUAACUGUCACUUCCUGCGUGUGGACAAACAGGACUUCAACCGAAUCAUCAAGGACGUGGAGGCGAAGACCAUGAGGCUGGAGGAGCACGGCAAGGUGGUGCUGGUGCUGGAGCGCACGUCUCAGGGCGCUGGCCCUUCGCGCCCGCCGACGCCGGGCAGGAACCGGUACACGGUGAUGUCUGGCACCCCGGAGAAGAUCCUGGAGUUGCUGCUGGAGGCCAUGCGGCCGGAUUCCAGCGCUCAUGACCCAACAGAGACGUUCCUCAGCGACUUCCUCCUCACCCACAGUGUCUUCAUGCCCACCGCCCAGCUCUGCGCCGCCCUGCUGCACCACUUCCACGCGGAGCCGGCGGAGGCUGCCGGGGGCGGCGAGCUGGAGCACAGCUCCUACAUCUGCAACCGGCGGCAGCAGAUCCUGCGGCUGGUCGGCCGGUGGGUGGCCCUGUACAGUCCCAUGCUCCACAAGGACCCUGUGGCCACCAGCUUCCUCCAGAAACUCUCCGACCUGGUGAGCAGGGACGCCCGGCUCAGCCACCUGUUGAGGGAGCAGUGGCCCGAGAGGCGGCGACACCACAGGUUGGAGAACGGCUGCGGGAGCGCGUCUCCACAGUUGAAGGCCCGGAACGUGCCUGUUUGGCUCCCCAGCCAGGACGAGCCUCUGCCAAGCAGCAGCUGUGCCAUCCGGGUGGGGGACAAAGUGCCCUACGACAUCUGCCGGCCCGACCACUCGGUGCUGACCCUGCAGCUGCCCGUGACGGCCUCCGUGAGAGAGGUGAUGGCGGCGCUGGCCCAGGAGGACGGCUGGACCAAGGGGCAGGUGCUGGUGAAGGUCAACUCCACCGGCGAUGCCGUGGGCCUGCAGCCAGACGCCCGCGGUGUGGCCACAUCCCUGGGGCUCAACGAGCGGCUCUUUGUUGUCACCCCGCAGGAAGUGCACAAGCUGACCCCACACCCUGAGCAGCUGGGGCCGGCCGUGGGCUCUGCGGAGGGGCUGGAUGCGGUGAGUGCCAGGGACCUGGCCGGGCAGCUGACAGACCUCGACUGGAGCCUGUUCAACAGCAUCCACCAGGUGGAGCUGAUCCACUACGUGCUGGGCCCCCAGCGCCUGCGGGACGGCACCACGGCCAACCUGGAGCGCUUCAUGCGCCGCUUCAACGAGCUGCAGUUCUGGGUGGCCACCGAGCUCUGCCUCUGCCCCGCGCCCGGCCUGCGGGCCCAGCUGCUCAGGAAGUUCAUCAAGCUGGCCGCCCACCUCAAGGAGCAAAAGAAUCUCAACUCCUUCUUUGCCAUCAUGUUUGGCCUUAGCAACUCGGCCAUCAGCCGCCUGGCACACACCUGGGAGCGGCUGCCCCACAAAGUCCGGAAGCUUUACUCGGCCCUGGAGCGGUUGCUGGACCCCUCGUGGAACCACCGAGUGUACCGACUGGCCCUCAGCAAGCUGUCCCCGCCGCUCAUCCCCUUCAUGCCCCUCCUUCUCAAAGACAUGACCUUCAUUCACGAGGGCAACCGCACGCUGGUGGAGAAUCUCAUCAACUUUGAGAAGAUGCGAAUGAUGGCCAGGGCCGCACGGCUGCUGCACCGCUGCCGAAGCCACGGCGCCGUGCCCCUCUCGCCGCUCCGGAGCCGCGUUUCCCAUCUCCAUGAGGACAGCCAGGCCUCGAGGGUUUCCACGUGCUCGGAGCAGUCCCUGAGCACCCGGAGUUCGGCCAGCACCUGGGCUUACGUCCAGCAGCUGAAGGUCAUCGACAACCAGCGGGAGCUGUCCCGCCUCUCCCGGGAACUGGAGCCCUGAGGAGGGGCUGGGCUGCAGCAGGCGCUUCCCACCGAGAGCAAGGGCAGGCCGGGCCAAGGGGCCCGCAGCCGGCCGCGCUGGGCAGGGCUCUCCGCGGAUGGACUCGAGGCCCUGGCGCGGGCAGUGUGGAGGCGGCUGUCCCCGUGGUGCCUGGUGGCGGAGGAGGACCCGAGUGGAACUGCGCCGGGGCGCACGGCCAAGGAGCGGGGGGCUGGCGCGGCGCUGGGCGUGGGUGGGCGCGCCGGGCAGGCACUGGACUCUGCUCAAUAGAGAGCUCCCCUCACA